AUGCGGCGCGCAGUCCGACCCGCCGCCGCCGCCGCCGGCCUGCUGCUGAUGCUGCUGCUGGGCCUUUGCACCCCCGCCGCCGCCGUUUUCAAGGACGAAGUCGGCGACGUCGACUACCACCACGCCCUCGUGGGCCUGCCCCAGGCCGAAACCACCUUCUUCCACCGCCCGCGCAAGGCCGGCAGGGCCAGCCUGCUCUACACCCUCGGCGACGUCGGCGUCGUCGGCGCCGUCAACCCCAGCACCGGUGAGCUGGUGUGGCGGCAGCACAUCGGGCGCGGCGGCGUUGGCGGCGGCCACCUGCGCGCCCCCCAGGGCGAGAGCUGGGUCGCCUCGGCGCACGGCUCCCACGUCCAGGCGUGGGACGCCCUGACGGGCCGCAACAUCUGGGAGGUCGAGUUCGCCGGCCGCGUCAGGGACCUGGAGAUCCUGGAGCUGACCGAGUCGUCGUCGAGGAAGGACGUGCUCGCGCUGUUUGACGAGGGCGGCGUCACCGUCCUGCGCCGGCUGCACGGCGCGCUGGGCAGCGUGCUGUGGGAGUUUCGCGAGACAAGCCGCGACGUGCCGGCGCAGGUGUCGACCAACAUUGCCGACGUGUACGUGCUCAGCCUGCACGGGGCGCCGGGCGCCUACAGCCUCAAGGUCACGUCGCUCGACAUGGCCACCGGCCGCCGCGUCGACCACUGGACCGUCGGCGGCGGCGGCGGCGGCGGCGGCGGCAUCCGCGACGCCCGCCACGUCAGCUUCGUCGGCGCCAACUCGGCCGCCCCCAUCGCCGCCUGGACCGACGCCCGCCUGACCCGGCUGAGCGUCAACGUGCUCGGCGCCCGGACCAAGCAGGACUUUGCCCUCCCCGACGGCACCACCGCCGUGCGCGUCCACGCCCCGCACCUCCUGCAGUCGCUGCCGCACUUCCUCGUCCACGUCAGCACCGCGUCCGGCCACAGGGCCCAGGUGUACCACACCGACCUCAAGAGCGGCCGCGUGUCCAAGGCGUACGACCUGCCCCACGCUGCCGGGCCGGGCGCCUUCUCCACCAGCUCCGACGCCGCCAACGUCUACUUCACCCGCAUCACCCAGCACGAGGUGACGAUUGUCUCGUCCGAGUCGCACGGCGUGCUGGCCCGCUGGCCCCUCAGGCCCGCCGAGGACGGCCGCGCCGCCGCCGUCGAGGCCGUGUCCGAGGUGGUCAGGAGGGCCGCCGGCGGCGGCGGCGGCGAGUUUGCCGUCCGCUCGGCCGCCCUGACCAGCGGCCAGGACUGGAUCCUGAUCCGCAACGGCGUCGUCGACUGGUCCCGGCCCGAGGGUCUCUCCGGAGCCGUGGCCGCCGUCUGGGCCGAGGUUCCCGAAGCCGAGAGGCUGGCCCAGGCGCUGGCCGAGGAAGCCCAUGCCAACCCGCUGGCGGCCUACGUCCACCGCGUCCGCCGCCACCUUGCCGACCUGCAGCACCUGCCCGCGUACCUCGCCCGCCUGGCUCGACGCGUCGCCGACGGCAUCAUCUCCGGACAAGCCGCCGACCCGUCCGGUCGCCACCAGCAGGAGGGCCUCCCCCCCCUCCGCCGCCGCGGCGACGCCUUCGGCUUCGGCAAGAUUGCCGUCCUGGCCACCCGCCGCGGCCGCUUCUACGGACUCGACACCGGCCGCCACGGCAAGGUCCUGUGGUCCAGCGCCGUCUUCCAGCCUCCCCAGCCCGGCGCGCCCGCCAUCUCCAUCAAAGGCCUCGUGGUCAACGACGGCGAGGGCACCGUGACCGCCGUCGGGGGCGACGGCGAGCUCGCCGUCGUCGACUACGCGACCGGAAACGUCGUCCAAGCUCGCCAGGCCGGGGGCGCCACGUCGCCCGCCACCAAAGUCGCCGGCACCGCCGUCGUCGUCGACGCCGCCGCCGGCUCCAAGCGGCUUCUCGCGCUCGACCCCGACGGGCUGCCGGUGCCCGACGCCUCCACGAGCGUGCGGGUGCCCGACGACGCCGCCGCCGUCGUCGUCGUCCGCGACGGCGACCGAGGCCUGAAGGGCGUCAAGCUCCUCGCCGCCUCAGAGGACGGCGGCAAGGUCUCCCGCACCGACCUGUGGCAGCUCCGCGUGGGCCAGGGCCAGAGAGUGGUCGGCGUCGCCACCCCGCCGAGCCACAACCCCGUCGCCUCCAUCGGCCGCGUCCUCGGCGACCGCAGAGUCGCCUACAAGUACCUGAACCCCCACACGGCCGUGGUGGCCGUCGCCGACGACGCCGCCAGCACCCUCUCGGUGCGGCUGGUCGACACCGUCUCCGGCCAGACGCUGGCGUCGCAGUCGUACGCCGGCGUCGACGCCGGCCGGAGCGUCUCGUGCGCCAUGGCCGAGAACUGGUACUCGUGCGCCUUCUUCGCCGACGGCGCCCUGGGCGACGGCACCAACCGCACCGUCAAGGGCUUCCGCAUCGUCACCUCGGACCUCUUCGAGUCCCCCGACCCCGACGACCGAGGCCCGCUCGGCGACGCCCCCACCUUCAGCUCGCUCGACCCCGUCGACGCCCCGGCCGCCGCCGGCGCGCCCCUCCCCUGGGUCGUCUCGCAGGCCGUGGUCGUCUCGCAGGAGCUGCAGGCCCUGACCACCACCCAGACCCUGCAGGGCAUCACCAGCCGACAGCUGCUGGCGUACCUGCCCGAGAGCCACGGCAUCCUGGCCAUCCCGCGGCACGUGCUCGACCCGCGGCGACCCGUCGACCGCGACCCCACGGCGGCAGAGGCCGAAGCCGAGUCGCUGCUCCGGUACGCGCCGCAGCUCGAGGUCGACGCCCGGGGCAUCGUCACCCACGAGCGGGACGUCGUGGGCGUGACGGACAUGAUCACCACCCCGGCCGCCGUGGAGAGCACCAGCCUGCUCCUCGCCUACGGCAUAGACGUCUUUGGCACGCGGCUCUCGCCCAGCGGGCUCUUUGACAUUCUCGGCAAGGGCCUCAACAAGGCGACGCUGGUGGGGACGGUGCUGGCCCUGUUUGCGGGGGUAUUGUCGCUGGCUCCCAUGGUCCGUCGCAACCAAAUCGACAAACGAUGGGACGCCUUUCUGUAA